CCCCGUCUUCUCGGGAACACUUGCCAGAUGAUAUAAUCCCAAUGCAAAGACUAUGUGCCGACUGUUUUAUAUGACAUUAUUAAUCAAUGCUGCCCCAUAACCACCUAAAAUGUGCCUACCGGUCUUAAUGGACCCUGCAAAAUUCUUGCAUCUGCUUACUGCUUCGCACAACCAACAACAUCAUUUCAAAGCCCUCAAUAAAGCACGCGGUGCGUCUGUCACUUCGGUCCGGUGGUAUCUCGGCUUUGGCCUGGUGUAUCUUGACCGUUAAUAGAACAUUUGGAACAACCUUAUCACACCAUUUCCCAUAAACGGGAAGAAGAGCAUCACAUUCUCCCGGUGAUACUACCUACUUGUCUGUCCCAGGUCGACACCGAGUGCAUAAGACAUCCUUAUCGAUGUAGAAUCAAAUUUACCUCUCACAAGGGUAAAGAGGUAAAUACAAAAGACUGCGUUCGGCUGGGCGUAAAGUUACCAAUCCACCCAGAAAGCUGUUUAGAGGUAGACUUCAUCACGGGCAGUUUGGUCGUGCCGUGUGGGCUAAAGCGCAACCUGUAUGGACUAGUUUAGGCGGUGCAAAAGCAUCAAUCGUUGGGGAGCCAUUAUUCUGACGGAUCUUCAUAAUUUCUGCGGCACAAAGAAGAUCGAUUAUGGUUCGCCAUUUGACUAGGUUAGCAACGAAGAAAGGAUUAAAUAAAAAGCCGAGAGGAGGGAAAGGCGGAGAAAACUCUCAGCGCACAGCUCCAUCGGUCAAGCGAUCAGCAGCCGGCAAGGGAGUCAAUUCAGUAAGUGAUCUUCUUCACGUGGAAUACCGGAACUUGAUUGACACUGGGAAACGAGUACCCGUGCAUCUCACCGAAAGAGCUUUCAGGUCCUGCUUC